AGCUGGUGACAGGGAGGAUCAGCUCGGUGCCAGUCCCUGCAGGCUGCUUGCCUCUCUGGUCACAGGUCUCCUGGCAGUGCCAGCGAAGGGCGUAAAUCGGCGCUCGCUCCCACACCGUCCCAUGAUGCUCUGCCUUCUCUCUUUAUCCUAGUCGGCACAGCACAGAUUAACAGUUAUUUUCUCUGCAAUCUUUGGAUCGAAGCUGCGUCGGUAUCAGCGAGGGAUGCUUGCAGAGCACAGGGAGAACAGCAGGCCUGGCUUCGGCCUCAAGAAGCCUCUAAAGAUGAAUAUGGUGAAGAGGAUCAUGGGGAGGCCGCGGCAGGAGGAGUGUAGCCCACAGGACAACGCGCUGGGACUCAUGCACCUGCGCCGUCUCUUCUCCGAGCUCUGCCACCCACCGCGCCAUAUGACACAAAAAGAGCAGGAGGAGAAGCUCUACAUGAUGCUGCCUGUUUUCAACCGGGUGUUUGGGAACGCUCCACCGAACACGAUGAAUGAGAAGUUUUCAGACCUGCUGCAGUUCACCACUCAAGUGUCCAGGCUGAUGGUGACCGAGAUCAGACGGAGAGCAUCCAAUAAAUCAACAGAGGCGGCCAGCAGAGCCAUUGUGCAGUUUCUGGAGGUAAAUCAGAGCGAGGAGGCGAGCCGAGGCUGGAUGCUCCUGACCACCAUCAACCUGCUGGCAUCCUCAGGACAGAAAACAGUGGACUGUAUGACUACCAUGUCGGUGCCCUCCACUCUGGUGAAAUGUCUGUAUUUGUUUUUUGACCUGCCCCACACGCCCGAGGUUCCUGCUGCCACCGAGACUGAGCUUCCUCUGGCGGACCGCAGAGCUCUUCUACAGAAAGUUUUUGUCCAGAUCCUGGUGAAGCUGUGCAGUUUUGUGUCUCCGGCAGAAGAGCUUGCCCAGAAGGAUGAUCUUCAGCUGCUCUUCAGUGCCAUCACCUCCUGGUGUCCCCCCCACAACAUUCCCUGGAGGAAGAGCGCUGGAGAAGUGCUUACCACCAUCUCCCGACACGGCCUCAGUGUCAAUGUCGUCAAGUACAUCCACGAGAAAGAGUGCUUGUCAACGUGCAUCCAGAACAUGCAGCAGUCAGAAGACCUCUCUCCUCUGGAGAUUGUGGAGAUGUUUGCCGGGCUCUCCUGUUUUCUGAAGGAUUCGAGUGAUGUCUCUCAGACACUCCUGGAUGACUUCCGCAUGUGUCAGGGCUACACCUUCCUCGUAGAUCUUAUGAUCAGGUUGGAGCAGGCCAAAGAGGAGGAAUCCAAAGAUGCUCUAAAGGACCUGGUGAACCUGGUGACCGCUCUGACCACGUAUGGGGUCUGUGAGCUAAAGCCCGCUGGUCUCACCACUGGAGCACCCUUCCUGCUUCCAGGUUUUGUGGUUCCACAGCCUUCUGGAAAAGGCCACACGGUCAGAAACAUCCAUGCUUUCAUUGUGCUUCAGAAUGUCUUCUUGAAGGCCAAGAGUGGUCAAUUAGCACGCAUGAUCCUUGAAGCCAUUGCCAACAUCUACGCCGCAGACUAUGCCAACUAUUUCAUCUUAGAGGCGCAGCAUGCGCUAUCGCAGUUUGCAGACAGAGUAGCAAAGCUACCAGAGGUGCAGUCCAAGUACUUCGAGCUACUGGAGUUUGUCGUCUUUGGACUUAAUUAUGUACCAUGCAAAGAGCUUUUUAGCGUUAGCGUUCUGUUAAAGUCGAGCACCUCUUACGGAUGCAGCAUCACAGCCACCCGCACUCUUCUCAAACUCGGGCGCCACCACCCUGUCUUCAGUGAUGUCUUCCGUGAAGUUGGACUGCUGGAAGUGCUAGUUAACCUGCUUCACAAAUAUGCAGCGCUGCUGAAAGAACCAACACAAGCCCAUGGCGAACAGGGUGAUGCCAAGAACAAUGUGGCCGAAGAGCAAAAACAGCUUGCCUGGUUUGUCAUGGAGACUCUCACAGUCCUCUUGCAAGGCUCGAACACCAAUGCAGGAUUGUUCCGUGAGUUUGGCGGAGCCAGGUGUGUGCACAACAUUGUGAAGUACCGUCAGUGUCGUGAGCACGCUCUGAUGAUCAUUCAACAGCUGGUGCUGUCACCAUCUGGAGAGGAUGACAUGGGUACCCUGCUCGGCCUUAUGCACUCCGCACCAUCAACAGAACUACAGCUCAAAACUGACAUUCUGCGGGCUUUGCUAGCGGUGCUGCGCGAGAGCCACCGUACACGCACCGUCUUCCGCAAGGUGGGCGGCUUUGUGUACGUGACCUCACUGUUGGUUGCCAUGGAGCGUUCCCUCUGUUCUCCACCUGUGAGCGGCUGGGAGAAGGUCAACCAGAACAAGGUCUUUGAACUUCUACACACCGUAUUCUGCACUCUCACUGCAGCCAUGCGUUAUGAACCUGCCAACUCGCACUUCUUUCGCACUGAGAUCCAGUACGAGAAGCUGGCCGACGCGGUGCGACUUUUGGGAUGUUUUUCUGAUUCCAAGAAAGUUGGUCCAGCAGCCGUCUUCCCCUCUAAUGCCCAACCAUUCCAGCGGUUACUGGAGGAUGAGAUCAUACCUGCAGAAAACGUUUGUCCUACUCUAAAGCACUGCAGCAAGCUCUUCAUCUACCUGUACAAGAUGGCCACAGACUCAUUUGACAGUCGUGCCGAGCAGGUGCCCCCCUGCUUGACUCACGAGACCUCGUUGCCCUCUCCUUGGGGCACGCCAACAAUCACCAGGAAGAGACAUGGCUAUCACAGCUCAUCCAACUCUGCUAGUGGUAAAGCCCUAACGGACCUAAAGCUGCACUUGGGAAAUCCGUCGCAGCACUCUUCAGACCCUGUAGUCAUCCACCCAGGAGCAGUGCUGGCAGUGCUCGACCUCCUACCCUCCGUUUCUUCUGACACACAGCCUGAGCAUGCCCUGGACCUGCAGUUAGCAGUUGCGAACAUCCUGCAGCUGCUGGUGCAUUCAGAGAGGAACCAGCAGAUCCUGUGUGAGGCAGGUCUGCACUCACGCUUGCUUCAGCGCUGUAGCUGCGCUUUGGGAGAUGAAGAUCACCCACUCCACCCACCGCUGCAGAGGAUGUUUGAGCGACUGGUUUCCCAGGCCCUGGAGCCUAUGGUGCUCAGGGAAUUCUUGCGACUUGGGAAUCCUCUGAAUUGCGGUGCCUGGGACAAAAAGCUCCUGAAGCAGUAUCGCGUCCACAAGCCGAGCUCCCUCAGCUAUGAAGCUGAAAUGCGCAACAGCAUGACUUUGUCCAUGGAGGGUUUUGGGCCGGAUAGCGUGUUCACAAUUAAUGAGGACAACAGCCAGUACCGGAUCAGUCGAAGUCUGGUGCGAUCGGCUGAGGGCAGCACUGUACCCCUCACCCGAGUCAAGUGCCUGGUGUCCAUGACGACGCCCCAUGACAUCCGUCUCCAUGGAUCCUCCGUCACGCCCGCCUUCGUGGAGUUUGACACGUCAUUAGAGGGAUUCGGAUGUUUGUUUUUGCCGAGUUUGGCCCCUCACAAUGCACCAUUCAGUAAUGCCAACACAUCUGGAGUCAGUGACGGGGCAGUGGUCAGCGGCAUGGGAAACGGUGAGCGUUUCUUUCCACCCCCGUCUGGCCUGAGCUACUCAACGUGGUUUUGCGUUGAGCGCUUCAGCACACCACCCCAAAGCCACCCUGUGCGUCUGCUCACGGUGGUGCGAAGGGCCACCUCGUCCGAGCAGCACUACGUGUGCCUGGCCAUCGUGCUCUCUGCUAAAGACCGCUCUCUCGUUGUGUCCACUAAAGAAGAGCUGCUUCAGACCUAUGUGGAUGACUUCAGUGAGGAGUCCUCCUUCUAUGAGCUCCUUCCCUGCUGUGCUCGCUUCCGCUGCGCUGACCUCAUCACUGAGGGACAGUGGCACCACCUGGUGUUAGUUAUGAGCAAGGGAAUGCUGAAGAACAGCAUGGCAACUCUUUACAUCGAUGGUCAGAUGGUCAGCACAGUCAAGCUGCACUAUGUUCACAAUGCUCCCGGCGGCUCUGCAUCCACAAACCCACCUGUGUUGAGCACGGUGUACAGCUACAUCGGUACGCCACCGGCCCAGCGCCAGCUCUCCGCUCUGGUCUGGCGACUGGGUCCCACUCACUUUCUGGAGGAGGUGCUGCCUGCUGCCAGUGUGGCUGCCAUCUAUGAGCUGGGACCCAAUUAUGUAGGCAGUUUCCAAGCUGUUUACCUGCCAUGCAAAGACUCAAAGACUGAAGCUGUGCCGCCAUGUCCUGUUGCAUUGGUCCCUGAAGAGAGGGUCUCCUUCAGUCUCUUUGCUCACUCUGUAUCUGCUCUCACUGUGGCCAAGAUACGAAAGGUCUACAACAAACUGGACAGCAAAGCCAUUGCCAAACAGCUGGGGGUUUCCUCUCAUGAAAGUGCCACACCAGUCAAGCUUGUGCAUAAUGCAGUGGGCCAUCUCAACGGGUCGGCCAGGACCAUUGGAGCCGCGAUCAUCGGUUACCUGGGUGUGCGCGCCUUCGUAACCAAACCAGUGGCCACCAACCUCCAGUACAUCGGAGGGGCGGCUUCCAUCCUGGGCCUGGUUGCCAUGGCUUCAGAUGUGGAGGGUCUCUAUGCUGCAGUAAAAGCAUUAGUGUGUGUUGUGAAGAGCAACCCGCUAGCUAGCAAGGAGAUGGAGCGUAUCAAAGGAUACCAGCUGCUGGCCAUGUUGCUGAAGAAGAAACGUCCUCUGUUGAACAGCCAUAUUCUUCACUUGACCUUCUCUCUUGUCGGAACGGUCGAUAGUGGCCACGAGACCUCAAUCAUCCCAAACACCACAGCUUUCCAGGACCUGCUGUGUGAUUUUGAGGUUUGGCUUCAUGCUCCCUAUGAGCUGCACCUCUCUCUCUUCGAGCACUUCAUUGAACUUCUGACUGAAUCCAGUGAAGCUGCUAAGAAUGCCAAACUGUUGCGGGAGUUUCAGUUGAUCCCCAAACUGCUGCUGACUCUGAGGGAUCAGUCUCUGUCUCAGCCCACCAUCGCUGCCAUCGGCAGCGUCCUCAGUCUCCUGCUGCAGGGCUUCCCAAACUCAUAUGAUCUACUAAGGUUUGGGCAGUUCAUCUCUUCUACAUUGCCAACAUUUGCAGUCUGUGAGAAGUUUGUCAUUAUGGAGAACACCAAUGAGGAGAAGAUCGACAGAGGAGCUGAUGAUGAGUUUGGAGGCCUCUUGUCGUCCAACUUGAUUCUUCUGCGGAACAAACUGCUGGACAUCCUGCUCAAACAGCUCUUUAGCUGCAAGGAGAAGAACAUUGUUAAUGUACAGGCUUGUGAAGAGCUUGUGCGCACCUGUGGUUUUGAUUGGUUGCUGAUGUUUAUGGAAGAACACAUUCACUCCAGCACAGUGACGGCUGCUCUCCUGAUCUUGGUGGUGUUGCUGAGUAACCAAUCCAUCCUGAGCAAGUUUAAAGAGGGCCUGUCGGGAGGAGGCUGGCUGGACCACACCGACUCUGUGCUCACUAAUAAGAUUGGCACUGUUCUGGGUUUUAACGUGGGCCGCAGCGCAGGGGGCAGGUCAACAGUGCGUGAAAUCAACCGGGAUGCCUGCCAUUUCCCAGGAUUCCCUGUGUUGCAAACUCUACUGCCCAAACACACCAACGUUCCAGAGAUCUACUUCAUGCUCAUGGCCCUUUUCCUCCAGCAGCCAAUCACAGAGCUGCCUGACAGCCUGCAGGUACAUUUUGACCUGGACUCUAUCUGGACGUUUAUAUUUGGCGUCCCAGCGUCCAGUGCUACAGUGGUGGGCUCUAUCCACAACAUGUGCACUGAAGCAGCGUUCCUGCUCCUGGCCAUGCUGCGCAGCAUGCUCAACCUGCCUUGGCAGUCAGAGGAGGAGGGUUCCUGGCUGAGAGAAUAUCCCAUCACUCUCAUGCAGUUUUUCCGUUACCUCUAUCACAACAUCCCAGAUCUGGCCCCCAUGUGGCACAGCCCGGACUUCCUGUGUACACUUGCUGCUACAGUUUUCCCCUUCAAUAUACGGCCCUACUCUGAGAUGGUGAGUGAUUUAGACGAUGAAGCAAGCUCUCCCACAGAAGAGUUCAAAGCCUUUGUGACAGAUACAGGCAUGAACCGCAGCCAGUCAGAAUACUGUAAUGUAGGCAGUAAAACCUACCUGACCAACCACCCAGCCAAGAAGUACGUCUUUGACUUCAUGAGGGUCCUCAUCAUGGACAACCUGUGCAUGACACCUGCCAGCAAACAGACCCCCAUCAUUGAUCUUCUGCUAGAGGCCUCACCAGAGCGCUCCACCAGAACCCAGCAGAAGGAGUUUCAGUCCUACAUCCUGGACAGUGUGAUGGAGCAGCUUCUGGCGGCAGAUGUUCUGUUGGGCGAGGAGGCAUCAUUGCCAAUAACGACAGGAGGAAGUUACCAGAUCCUGGUCAACAAUGUUUUCUACUUCACCCAGCGUGUGGUGGAUAAGCUGUGGCAGGGCAUGUUCAAUAAAGAGUCCAAGCUAGUGGUGGAUUUCAUAGUUCAGCUGAUCACCCAGUCCAAACGGCGAUCACAGGGUUUAUCUCUGGACUCAAUCUACCAUUGUCUGAACCGAACAAUCCUCUACCAGCUCUCACGACCACACAAAACAGUCCCGCAACAGGUCACCCUGCUGGAUUCACUGCGUGUGCUGACAGUAAACCGAAACCUCGUGCUGGGACCCGGCAACCAUGACCAGGAGUUUGUGGCUUGUCUGGCCCACUGCUUGAUCAACCUGCACACGGGGAGUAGUGUGGAGGGCUUUGGUUUGGAAGCAGAGGCCAGAAUGACCACCUGGCAUGUUGCGGUUCCUUCUGAGAACGAGUCGGACAGUGUCCAGAGCCAGGAUGUUAGCGAAGGUCGCCAGUUGCUGCUCAAGGCGGUGAAUCGCGUGUGGACAGAACUCAUGCACAGUAAGCGGCAAAUGCUGGAGGACAUUUUUAAAGUGUCUCUACCUGUCAAUGACAGAGGACAUGUGGACAUUGCCACUGCUCGACCUGCUCUAGAGGAACCUGCUGCUAAAAGCUGGCAGAACCACCUGGUCCAUGAGAAGAAAUGCAUCAGCAGGGGCGAGACCAUUGCCCCAGCGAAUCAGUCCAAACUGUCUCGAGUCAGCAGUGGCUUUGGUCUGUCCAAACUGACCGGCUCCCGUCGCAGCAAAAAGGAAAGUGGAAUGAACAAGAACAAUCUUUCUGCACAGGAAACCUUUCAGUGGAUGUUCACGCACAUUGCUGUGGUCCGAGACUUGGUAGCAAUGCAGUACAAGGAGCAUCAAGAGAGGCAGCAGAAUGCACUGAAGUAUGUGAUAGAUGAGUGGGCAGGAAUUGAAUAUGAGCUGCUUCGGGAACGGGGCCUCUGGGGGCCUCCUAUUGGCUCCCACCUGGACAAGUUUCAGUUGGACAUGACUGAGGGACCCUGUAGAAUGAGGAAGAAGAUGGUGCGGAAUGACAUGUUUUACAUUCAUUAUCCCUACGUGCCUGAUCCUGAGCCCAACUCGAGCACUCAGAAACCAGCGCGCUACAGACGAGCGAUAAGCUAUGACAGUAAGGAGUAUUACAUGCGGCUGCUGUCAGGAAACCCGGGGAUGUACCAGCACUCCAUAGAGCAGAACACAGAGGGAGAAACCACACAGCAGGAGCCUGAACAUGGAGAGGACACCAUCGCAAGGGUCAAAGGUUUGGUUAAGGCUCCAUUAAAGCGGUCCCGCUCUACAGCGGAUGGAGCCGAUGAGGACAGUCAAGACCAGCUGCAGGAGAUGCUGGAGUCAGGAGCUCUGGACGAGGAGCAGAAGACCGACAACACCACACUGCUCCGCCUGCUGGAGGAGGGGGAGAAGAUCCAGCACAUGUACCGCUGUGCUCGGGUUCAGGGUCUGGACACCAGUGAAGGGCUGCUCUUAUUUGGGAAAGAACAUUUCUAUGUGAUCGAUGGCUUCACUAUGACGGUCACCAGAGAGAUCAGAGACAUUGAGACGCUCCCUGCAAACAUGCACGAGACUAUCAUCCCUCGAGGGGCCCGGCAGAGCAAGAGUCAGCUGAAACGAACCUGCAGCAUCUUUGCUUACGAAGACAUCAGAGAAGUGCACAAACGUCGCUAUCUGCUUCAGCCCAUGGCAGUGGAAGUGUUUUCCGGAGAUGGAAGAAACUAUCUGUUGGCUUUCCAAAAAGGAGUCCGGAACAAAGUGUAUCAGAGGUUUCUGGCAGUUGUUCCCUCACUAGCCGACAGCUCCGAAUCUGUCUCGGGGCAACGUCCCAACACCAGUGUGGAACAAGGGUCUGGUCUUCUCAGUACGCUGGUCGGCGAGAAGUCAGUGACCCAAAGAUGGGAGAGAGGAGAAAUCAGUAAUUUCCAGUAUCUGAUGCAUCUCAACACACUGGCUGGCCGGUCAUAUAAUGACCUGAUGCAGUAUCCUGUCUUCCCAUGGAUCCUGGCAGACUUUGACUCUGAGGAACUGGACCUCAACAAUCCAAAGACAUUCCGAAACUUAUCCAAACCCAUGGGAGCUCAGACAGAUGACAGACUGAUCCAAUACAAGAAAAGAUUCAAAGACUGGGAGGAUCCUACUGGCGAGACUCCGGCGUAUCAUUACGGCACUCAUUAUUCCUCUGCCAUGAUCGUGGCCUCAUAUCUGGUCAGAAUGGAGCCGUUCACACAGAUCUUUCUCAGGCUUCAGGGAGGACAUUUUGAUCUAGCCGACCGAAUGUUUCACAGUGUACGAGAGGGUUGGUUCUCUGCUGCCAAACACAACAUGGCUGAUGUGAAGGAACUCAUUCCUGAAUUCUUCUACCUUCCUGAGUUCCUACUUAAUUCCAACAACUUUGAUCUUGGGAGUAAACAGAAUGGCACCAAGCUUGGAGAUGUGAUUCUGCCUCCAUGGGCAAAAGGAGACCCGAGAGAGUUCAUCAGGCUUCACAGAGAGGCUUUGGAGUGUGACUAUGUCAGCGCCCAUCUGCAUGAAUGGAUCGACCUGAUCUUUGGUUACAAGCAGCAGGGUCCUCCAGCAGUGGAAGCAGUCAAUGUCUUCCACCAUCUCUUCUAUGAGGGCCAGGUGGACAUCUACAACAUCAAUGACCCACUUAAAGAAACAGCUACCAUUGGAUUCAUCAACAACUUUGGCCAGAUCCCAAAACAGCUGUUCAAGAAGCCGCAUCCUCCAAAGCGGGUGCGCUGUAAGUCAAACGGAGAGGUACCUGGUGCACCUGUUACACUCAACUCCAGCUUAGACAAGAUCUUCUUCCAUCAUCUGGACAACUUGCGGCCCUCUCUCACCCCUGUCAAAGAGCUGAAGGAGCCAGUGGGACAGAUAGUGUGCACUGACAAGGGCAUUCUGGCUGUGGAGCAGAACAAGGUGUUGGUUCCUCCUGCCUGGAAUAAGACCUUCGCCUGGGGCUAUGCAGACCUCAGCUGCCGCCUCUCCAACUAUGAGUCCGACAAGGCGGUUGUGGUAUAUGAGUGCCUGUCUGAGUGGGGGCAGAUCCUGUGUGCUAUCUGCCCCAAUCCCAAACUGGUUAUUACUGGUGGAUUUAGCACUGCUAUCUGUGUGUGGGAGACCGGGACUUACAAAGAGAAAGCCAAGACCCUCACACUCAAACAGGCUCUUCUGGGCCACACAGAUGCAGUUACAUGUCUCACAGCGUCAUCAGCUUACCACAUCAUUGUGAGUGGCUCUCGGGACCGUACAUGCAUCAUUUGGGACCUGAAUAAGCUGUCUUUUGUCACCCAGCUGAGAGGACACCGGGCUCCCGUCUCCGCACUCUGCAUCAAUGAACUCACUGGAGAUAUAGUGUCCUGUGCUGGCACUUACAUCCAUGUGUGGAGCAUCAAUGGAAGCCCCAUCGCCAGCGCCAACACUUUCACCGGCCGCAGCCAACAAAUCCUCUGCUGCUGCAUCUCCGAGAUGAAUGAGUGGGACACCCAGAAUGUUAUCGUAACGGGACAUUCCGACGGGGUUGUCAGGUUCUGGAGAAUUGAGUUCCUCCAAGUCCCAGAAACCCCUGCUCCAGAGCCUGCAGAGCCCCCCGAUGUGCCAGACUGCUGUGGAGAGCUCGAGGGCCGUGAUGCUCCCGAGGAUGACAGCAGUGAGUCUGAAGGAGAGGAAGCCAACCUCAGUCAGGACUCUAAACCUCGGACCUCAAACAGCCAGCCCAGCAGUACCGUCCACAGACCCAAACCUCAGACCGGAGCCUCCUGGUCAGUGGACAGUGGCUCUGACGACUCCCGCCGCUGGUCAGACACACUCAGUAUUGACGAGAAGGAAGGCUUUGUCUUUGUAAACUACUCGGAGGGCCAGAUUAGAGCAGGAAUUCCCUCGCAGCCACAUUUACAACCGCACUCAGCACCCUCGCAUGCGCCAGUACCACAGCCUCUUCAGCCCAGUACCAUGGAGGCUCGCUCGUACAACAAGCUCAAACCAGGCUACAGAUGGGAGAGACAGCUGGUGUUCCGGAGCAAACUCACCAUGCACACAGCGUUCGACCGCAAGGACAACGCUCAUCCUGCGGAAAUCACCUCACUUGCCAUUUCAAAAGACCACAGUAAGAUCCUGGUGGGUGACAGCCGUGGACGUGUGUUCAGCUGGUCUGUCAGUGAUCAGCCCGGACGCUCUACCGCGGACCACUGGGUGAAGGACGAGCAGGUGGACAGCUGCUCUGGAUGCACCGUGCGCUUCUCCCUCACUGAAAGGCGCCAUCACUGCAGAAACUGUGGCCAGGUCUUCUGCCAGAAGUGUAGUCGCUUCCAGUCUGAGAUCAAGCGGCUGAAAAUCUCCUCUCCUGUGCGUGUGUGUCAGAACUGUUACUACAACCUGCAGCAUGAGCGGGGCUCUGAGGAAAGCCCCAGCAACUAGAUCAGCACACGCACAUCACGUUCACUGCUCCCCCUGCAAAAUCUCAUUGGCAAAGCACUGGCGUAGACCAAAAUGGGAUCACUAAUGAUCAGAAUUUCAUAUAUUGCGGAAGUGUGACCAUUAAAAGGAGAAUAUUGUUAGUUACUUUUCCACUCAUGCAUUAUCUUUUGUCACCUCAUUGGCAUCAUCCACAAAGGCGGCGUUACGGUUCGAUUUUAGACAAAGCAAUGCAUAUAAAACGCUUCCUGAUGAAACGAGAUGACAUUUGUUUAUAGUGUAAAUACUUACAAUGGCAUUUUUAACUAGAAACAGUGAAACAAAAAGUCAUUAUUAAGAGAUCAGAACACAACACGUUGCUUGUAAUAUAGUGUUACAGUAUGUUAAAAAUCACUCCUGGCUUUAAGAGAACAAAAAUGCAAUGUGUGUGUGUGUGUGUGUGUGUGUUGUCGAUGUCGCAAGUCACCGCCUCCCAGCGGGAAUAAUAUUGGGGAAUUAUGAAUGUUGAUAAAUGUUUGUGGAUUGACAUUACUAGCUUGUCUAGUUAUGCAAAUGCUUGAUUCUUCUGUUUAUUUCAUAUGUUCUGUUGAAGUGUUGCCCACAGUGUCAGCCAGUCGCCACAGACCACUUUUUCACUUUCAAUUUGGUUGCCAUCCUGCCUUGACAUGGAGCAACUAUUAUUAUAUAAUAUUUAACAGUCGUGUAGGUCAAUGAAAGUAUGUAAAUGUUGAAUUUAGAUUAAAGGCCACUUUAAAUAUUUUUUAAAUGACAGGAUUCAUUCAACCUUUAAAUGAUUCCAUUUCUAUUAUGAAAUGUUUUAAGUCAGUUUAAAAGGACUUUGUUAUGAAGCAUGUUUCUGAAGGGUCAAGAGUUCCUGUUCAGUUUCUAUUGGAUGAUCUGAAUCUGUAAAUGUUGCAUUAGUGUGGGACUUCUCUGACUGUCAUUUCUUUGUUAAUAGCUCAUAUGAAUUAGACAACUUAAAUGUAACUCUCUGACACUAGCUUUAAAAUGCUAAGCAUAAGCAUACAUUUAUUAUUCUUGUUCUUAAAACCGCACCAUUUUAACCGUUUGCGAUGUUGCACCAGUGUAAAUGUCUGUAGAUUAUGAAAGCAAUAGUUACUGAUGUUUCCACACAUUUCACAGAAGACUAGCUUGAAUGUUAUUGUGUUUAAAGAAAAAGGGAUUUAACACUUUUAAUGGACUGGAAGCCUAGUUUCUCUUUACCUUAGACAAAACUAUGAAAGAAAGUUGUGUUUUAGUUUUUUUUGAUACUGUGGGCAAUACCCUAUUAAAAAUGCUGCUUUGAUUAAUAGAGAUCAUUUCUUUAUUUCUCUUUCUUUCUUUAAAUGGUCUGACACAACUUUAAAAAGAUUUGAAAAGAAACAUUUGUUACCAUUGCAGUUGUUUUAUUUACCGGUGUAUGAUUUCUGUACAGCCUAAUAUGCACUCAUUAUAGUUGAAUUAUUCUCUAUUAAUGUACUGUAAUUCAGUGUGCAAUCAUAACAUCAUAAAGCUGUUGGGAUUUUGCUGUCGACAAGCAGCUCAAAGAUCAAAUGGCGAUAUCGACCUGAUAGAAUUUUUUGCACCUUGACAUGUAGACAAGACAAAGAAAUGGAGUAAUCACGGUUUUAUCAGAUGCAUUUUUAUGCUGUGUGCUAAAAUUUUGAAAGGGUGCAUUACUUUACAGUGAGAUAAACUGUACAAAGUAUUUAUGCAGUUAUAAGGGUUUUUUUUAUGAUUUUUUUUUUUUCCUUUGCAAGUUUUAUUACUUGUUGCAUGUCUAACACAGCUGACUUUCUGUGUCGGUGUAUUGUACAUCUUUUGGCAUUAUGUUUUAUUUGUUUUCUCUUUCUUUGGCUCAUUUUUAUGGCAUUAUCUAACGAGUCGUCCCUGAAGGUUUUGUGUACAGUUUUAGGUGGAUAUAUAGAGCGUCUUAUGUAUGGAUGUUGAGGACUGAUCCCAGAACAGAUGAAAUGCACUCGGAUUGGCCCUGUUUGGUGGUCUUGUGAUAGACUGCAUUACUACAGUAUCUAGUGUGCAAAACUGUGGUAGCUGAAUGCUCAUUGUAUAUUUGUGUUGAAAACAAUUACAUUAACCCCUCCUCCAUAAUUAACCCCAAUACCUGUUCUUACGCAAUAGAUACGGUACUUAUACUUUUUAAUUUAAUUUCAAUUAAAUACUUGCUGUUUACCACCA